CUCACUCGAGCUCUAGCCUUUUCUCUCUGUACCUCCCUCUUCCUCCCUCAUGAUGCAGAAAACUGCGAGGUGAGAGCUCAGAGCUCAGAGCUCAGCACAGGUCACGGAGCGACGGCAGAAUCGGACUUGAAUGACUCGUUGACAGCGUUGCCUGAGUCACUGGGAUUUGGGGGGAGAGAUGUGCUACUGGCCGUGGGCUCUUCUCCUCCCACUAGUGGCACAAGCCCAGAGUGGAAGAGAUGGGGACGCAGCAUUAAUUGUCAGCAGCAAACCCUGGGAACAAGAUCCCGGUGUGGACUGUUCCUCCAACAUCAAUGUGAGACAGCCCAGCACCUUAACCUGUCAGCUUGAUAUUGAUGAUCCUGAAGAGGUGGCAGAAAUAUCUCUGUGUAAGUCCAGCCCCAAGACAAAUGAAACAUGCGAGAGAAAGGAACUGAAGAAAAACACAGUCACAUUUCACGACUUGGAUAUUAUGACAAAUUAUGAGCUCCGUAUCCAAUUUGAAACGGGGGAAUCCUUUCGUAACGAAUAUGACCUCAAGUCAAUAAUAAAACCCUCCUCACCAUGGAUAAUAAAUGCCACAUAUUUACAAAAAUCAGGAAUGGUACCUGUACACAUAGGAACACAGUACCAACAUACCAACUACCUAACGGGAAAACUCAUCUUUGAGCUGGAGAUUACUAGUGCCCAAAACACCAUGCAAAGUAAACCGGUUCCCUAUACCCCUGUGAUCAUUGAGAGGUCGCAUCUGAGACAUAACACAAAGUACAGCGUUCGGGUCAGGGCAAGGCCCGAUGGCGAUUUCUUCAAAGGCACCUGGAGCGAAUGGAGCCCAUCCGUCAGUUUCCAAACACCCACUCUGCAGGACCCUGACGCCUCAUUGCUGGUUUACGGGCUCAUCGCUGCUUUAGUCAUUCUGCUGCUCAUUUUCGCCAUAGCCAUUCUCCGGUGGCAUAAAAUUAUCAGAUCCUACAUCUGGCCAAGGAUUCCAAACCCCAAAAACACACUUCUCCAAAUGUACAAGCCAAACAAGACUCUGCCCAAAAGCUUCAACCCUGAAGCUUUCUGCGACCAAAUCAUCCACCGGGUGGUCCACAUUGAAGCCCAGGGAGUGGAGCUGGAGGCUCCCAGAGAGGUCAGGGGCUGGAAAAGAGAGGGCCUGACCGUGUGGAAUACCGGCAACCUCGAAGGGCUCCACCUGCUGCCUAAGCCGGGGGCCGAGGAGACGGAUGGAGGGGGGGCCCAAACAGCAGGCCUGCUGGACGGGUCGGGGGACGUCCGCGGGGGCAGCUGGCCUCAAACCCCAGCACUCCCCGCGACGGGACGGAGGGACGGAGCCUACAUCACCAUGUCCAGCAUUUUCAACACACAGUGAGCGGGGAGGGAAACAGGGCGGCCAUACUCCAUGUUUUUCCUGUUGCCGUUCAGGGAUGGGUGAUCUUUCAGAUACGCACAUUUCAAAUGUGUAUUUGCAUUUGCAUGUAUGUAUUUCAGAAGUAACACGCAUUGCUCACCUCUAUUUUUUGUAUGGUUUGUACAUUUAUACCUCUGGCACCUGCACAGUGACCAAAGCAACAGCUCCACCAUUUUGAUUGUAGUUUAUACAUUUAUACGUUUAUACAUUGUUUGAGAUACAUAUCUUUUUCCCUAUUUGCCUGUGUGUGGUGCCUCCAUUUCACACCUGUUUCAAAGACACAAUGUGUGCGCUGCUACAAUAGGCCAAUUAAUUCUGGGCAAGAACCAAUCACGGUCCCACACCUCCUCUGCUGCGGGACUCAGGCUAUUCCUUGAACAAACCGACCCUGCAACAGGACACUAGCAGAAACACUGCUUUCUGAUCUCCGGGGCUUUGCAAGAGGAGGCAGUUUGGUCAUAGGGAAUCUGAGAAGCCUGGAGGCAGGACUGAGCGAAGGAAAGGGAGGAGAGAAUAGAGGUCCCAGAAUGCCUGCCACUCAUUUGCACUUUCCACACUGGACGAUGAAGCACCCAACAUAAAUGCUGCUGGAUCACAAGGACUGACAAUACUCUUACAAUACUCAAUACUGGGACCGGGAAUAACUUUAUGUUCACUUGUAUUUCUAACCCUUUUUAGAUUUGGGGGUUUACAGCUCCCAUCCUGGAGGGCCACGCAUUUUUAUAUCAAUUCUGACUUAAGAUAAGAUAUACUUUAUUCAAUCCUGUGGGGCAAUUUGUCCUCUGCAACAAACCCACCCUUCCAAGUCACUAAGCAGUGGACAGGCACAGUGUAUCACCUGGAGACAGUUCAGAGGCGAUUGCCUUGAAAGGAUCUCAAAUUCUUGUCUUUGGUGUGUUAAUGCAUUUAAGCAUUUAUAUAAGUCAUUGAUUGGCUGUAGAUUCACCACACAGGGCCUAAAUUGGCUUCUGACUGAACGGAAACCAGAAAAACCUGCAGACACUGUGAGACUGGAAUUUGAGACCCUACAGGUUACCUCUGGUAGUAGACUGUAUCUACCAGAAGACAACUUGCUGGAGUCGACUCUGUACUACACCAAUAUGCUUGUAGUAAAACCUGCAGUGGAACACACUGUUGCAUAUUGGGAAGGCUGUUCACAUCUCAUCAUUUAAACUCCUACCAUUAAACCUUUACUGGUUACAGAGCAAGGUGUAGGCUAGCAUGUCAAGGACAGAUGUCAAAGUAUUUAGACUUUCUAUAACUGAUAGCAAUGGAUUAUCUUAAUUUGAAGUCAUUUUAAAUAUUUAUGUGGGUAGUUUGUUGUUUUUGCUCUUUCAGUUUGUUGUCUUCUUUCUGUAUAUGCAUUUUGGAUGUACCUUAGAUUUCAAUGCAACGCAAUUAUGUAUUCAGUUGAAAACCCCUUUAUUCAGCAUUAAAAUGACUGACGAUAACUUGAUCCACUCCACCGCACAAUGCUUCUGUUAUUCUGCUUUUGUUAUCAGAAGUGGAAUUAAACUAAUAAUUGGUAUGAUCAUGCCAAAAAGGACAAAACACAGUCUAUGCAUAAAAUGGUAUUCAUGAAUAAUUAAAUGAAAAUGAACUCAGCUAAAGUAAAUUCUGUUCUUUUCACACGUAGCGUCAUGUAAAAUGCCUCAUCACAAAUUCAAAAGAGAUGCAGAAAAUACUGAAUGUUAGCUUUUGUGAGUUCAAUGCCAAUGUAUUUUCAGAUUUAAUAAACAUUUACACUGCUUUA